AUGCGAAUCUGCAAGGCACGGUGCCUGCGAAGCUUUACAAUUCCAAAUGACCUCAUACUUUCAAGACUACGAGUGAAGUCUCUCGUGCGAUUCGUAUCCAAAGCAUGGCAUGCUUUGAUCAGUAGUCGCCAAUAUGCUAAAUGCCACUUUCAGAGAGCAUCUCAAAACCCCAACCGCAUGAACCUCCUUGUUUUGACUGACAACUGUGUUCUAUCAGUAGGUUAUCGAGCACUGUUUCGAAGCUGUGUUGUUCAUGGUCAACCUGUUGAUGUUGAUUUUCAUGGUUUUCCAUUGUGGGGUGAAGAAGAUGUUGAGACAAACUUGGCUUCUUGCAAUGGCUUGCUAUGUUUUGAAUUAUAUAAUGCGAACAUAUAUACAUCCCAGUAUUUGGUUUGGAACCCAUCUACCAAAAGUUACAAAAACAUACCAAGACCAACAUCAACACCUGAUUCAAUUUCUUGUCGGCUUUACGGUUUUGGUUUUGGCUACUAUUAUUCCACUGAUGAUCACAAGAUAGCAAGGCCCUACCAGAUUUUCCCUUUUGACAUAUUGCAGAUCGAGAUCUUUUCACUCAAGACCUUUACUUGGAGGACAAUUCUGCCGGAUGAGGACAAUAUUUUUAACCGCGUCGCUCCAUUUAGUCCAAGGACUAUAUUCUGCAAUGGGGCAAUUUAUUGGAGUAUUAGCCAUUAUAUGAAGCCGUCAAUCAUUUAUUUUGAUUUAGCGGAUAAGAUAUUUCAUGACCUGCCAUGGCCAGAAUCUGUUUCUUAUAACACGAGAUGA